AUGGCUUCGAUAAUUCAUCCGAUCUUGCGGAGGACUCGCGGCCUUCCACGCCGGGACUAUAAUGCUCUACACAAUGGCCUCGUUUCCUCGUCUUCGGAGCAAUCCGAGGAAUCGAUCGGUGAAAUAGAAAGUCCUUUCUCUCCCGAGCCCUCCCUACCUGUGCACACCGACGCAACGCCUCAGUCAAAACGGUCUUACUCUUUAGUGAGCUCUUCACCCUCCCCACUUGAUCCCGCAUUUUUGGAGAGUAGCGGAGAUACGGCGAGUCCGCUCCCGUCAAAAAGACGAAAGACCAAGUCGUAUUCCAGUUGGGCCGUCGAGCACUUUUGGACCACAGAUCUCGAUAGCACUUGGUGUCGGCGGGAUGGCCCGCCAAAGAAAGAUCGACUGCUGGUGUGCAAGCACUGCAACUGGUCCUCCAGGGAUUCGGCGCGCUAUGGUUCCACAUCAAAUUUGGUGGUGCACCUCCAAACCAAGCAUCAUAUCAAGUCUGGGGCCGGCUCCAUUUUCUUACCCGCGGCCGAAGGAAACAUCGACCAAUUCUUGGAGACGCCAAGAAGGAAGGCUGGCGUUGAAGAGAUGCUAAUUCGAUGGGUCAUUCAAACAAGGCAGCCCUUUACAAUAGUGGAGCACCCGGCGUUCAAGGCACUUAUUGAAGCAACGGGGGCUUCUUUGCCCAUCAAGACCGCUGAUACUCUGAUCAACCGAAUUAAGGAGGAAUUUCACUCACAUAGGGCUUACGUGAAAGACGAAUUGAAGAGGAGCAGCCGGACACUUGCAUUGUCUCUUGACGUGUGGACCUCGGAAAAUCAGAUUCCAAUCAUGGGUAUCAUCGGUCACUGGAUAUCCCCCGAAUUUGAAAAGCGAGACGAACUCCUUGAGUUCACCGAAAUUAACGGACCGCAUUCUGGAGAGAACCUAGCGGAGGUGGUCCUAAAGAUGCUCGACGAACUAGACAUCGCGCCCAAGCUCCUGACUAUCACCGGGGACAAUGCAGGCAAUAAUGGAACACUCUGUGAUAGCCUGCAUGACCAGCUCCUUAAGAACUAUGACAAUGAUGAUGACCGCUUUCGCAUCAGACCUCUCAUGCGGUUUCGUGGACGGCAGAGCUUUAUUCCAUGCCUUGCCCACAUCCUCAACCUGAUUUGCAAAGAUGUGUUGGCCUCUUUAAAGGCUGGCUCGGCUCGGGAAGCAAAGGCGAUACUAGACGACAUGGCGAUCCAUACUAGUCCAGCGUUCAAGUCCCUUCAUAGCACAAAAGGAGCAAUCAUGAAAAUCAGGCUUCUGACACUAUGGAUUGCUCGAAGCCCACAACGCCGCCAAAAUUGGAAAGAAAUAUCCCCGAGCAAACAAGUCAGUUAUGAUGUUGACACCCGAUGGAAUUCAACGUAUAUCAUGAUUCAAGAUGCCCUACGGCUGCAAACUGAGCUGGGGCAAUUCGUGCGAAUACAUCCAGAGGUUCAGGCCCUCCAGCUUACCGAUGGCGACUGGUCGACACUUCAGCAAGUAGCGAAGAUUCUCAAGCCGUUCUGGGACCAUACAAACUCUGUUUCAAAGACAUGCCCGACGAUUGUGGAAAGUCUUCCGAUUUACUGGAGCUUGGACGAUCUGUUAAAUGACGUUCAAAACGCGGAGGGGGAUUUUGAAGACGUGAGCAAUGAAAUUCGCAAUGCGGUGGAGAGAGGCAUUCAGAAGAUGAACAAGUUCGCUAGAAAAAUGGACGACAACCUUCUUUACUAUGUGGCUUCCGUGUUAGAUCCACGCAUCAAGUCAUCUUUGAUUGUGUCUCAAAUGAGCGAGCAAGAUUCGGCCCUUAUCGUUUCUCAAGUGCGGGAAUUUUUAAAGAAAGAAUACCCUCCAGAGCCAUUCGUCUCCCGUGAAGCUAACCAUACACGUCCACCGGGGAUGUCGGAAACUAUGUGGAGAACUCUGUGCAAAGUCCAACCAUCCAAAGAGGCUUCUUUGUCGGAUGUUGAUAAGUAUUUGGAUUCUCCGCCGGUCAACUGGUCCCACCAUAUGAUUGGUGAUGCGGACGCAGAAUGGGUCCUAAAGUGGUGGAAGGCGAACGCGUUUAAUUUUCCACUCAUGGCAAAAGCCGCUCGCGAUUAUUUGUCUAUCCCUUCGGCAGAGGUUGGGGUUGAACGCGAGUUCAGCAAUGCUCGAAAUAUCUUCGGCCUCCGAAGACAUCGCCUGAACGCGGAGACUAUGCGAUGGUUGAUGUUGUUGAGAGAAAAGUCUUAG